UCACCGUGCCAAGCUUAUAGCAGCACAGCUAGACAUGUCAACCAGUCCCAUAAACUUGAACGUCGUCUUUUUAUCGCGAGUACUUUGUUUGUUGACACGCGGUGCGCCAUAAUACUCGUUUUGAGGUUAACAGGGCGCGGUAUCUCCUUCACUUAUAAGUGGGACAUCAUCUCUGUCAGGUGUCAAGUACAACUUUCCAGAAGUCUAGCGUGACCCUGUGAUGCCAGAGGGCAUGGAUCCUCUGGGUGCUCGCCCCCAGUUCGUCGACAUCCAGUCCCUUCCCACCUGGCAGCAGCAAGCUGAAGAUGGCGAGGAGUUUCUCCAAGAUCAGAGCGCCAGUCAGAGUCAGAGUCAGCAGUCCUUCCCGUCACCAUUUCCUUAUAGACCAGACGUCAACCGCAAAAUCAUCCUUUUCGCCGGCGAAGUGGCCCUCCUGAACUGCACAGCCAUCACCAACACAAGCAACGAGUCUUUGACUGACAAAAACCCCAUUUCCGACAGCAUCCAUCUGCACGCAGGGCCGGAGCUGAAGGACGAGCUGCUCAAGCUUAAAGGUUGUCGGACAGGCGAUGCGAAGCUGACAAAAGGCUUCAACUCUGCAGCAAGGUUCAUCAUCCACACAGUCGGCCCAAAGUUCAAAUUGAAGUACAGGACAGCUGCGGAGAGUUCACUGUACAGCUGCUAUAGGAACAUCCUGCAGCUGGCUGUGGAACAGUCGAUGACAUCUGUUGGAAUAUGUGUGUUGACGACCGCCAAACGAGGAUAUCCACUAGAGGACGCUACACACAUUGCUUUCAGAACUGUGCGCAGGUUUUUGGAGAAUCAUGGGAACAGUUUAGAAGCUGUGGUGUUUGCCGUGUCUGAAACUGAAGAGCCAGUUUAUAAGAAGCUCCUGGCGCUCUACUUCCCGCGCUCUGAAGAGGAGGAGAAAGCAAGCCUGUGCCUUUUACCUGCGGAUAUUGGAAACGCUGAGGGAGAGCCUGUCGUUCCUGAGAGGCAAAUCCGAAUCACUGAGAAACCAGGCACUUUGGAAGAUGACUCAGAAGAGGAAAAUCUGGAGUCGGACCUGGGUCAGGUUGGCAAUCAUGCUUUUGCCCGGAUGGAGGGAGACGUGGACAAACAACGCAAACUGAUCCUGCAGGGCCAGAUGUCCGAGGCAGCCAUGCAGAAGCAACACCAGAGGAACUACAGUCGCUGGUUGUGUCGAGCAAGAGCCGAAGAUCUGUCAGACAUUGCUGCUCUCAAAGCUUUAUAUCAAACAGGUGUGGACAUGUGUGGCAGAACAGUGGUGGUUGUGGUUGGAAGAAACAUCCCGGUGACGGUGAUUGAUCUUGAAAAGGCUUUGUUAUACUUCAUCCAUGUGAUGGAUCACAUUGCCUCGAAGGACUAUGUGAUGGUUUACUUCCACACGCUGACUGGGGACCACAACCACCUGCACUCCGACUUUCUGAAAAGCCUGUAUGACAUCGUCGAUGCCAAGUUUAAGAGCAAUAUCAAGGCUUUCUACUAUGUACAUCCAACAUUUCGCUCCAAGGUCUCCACUUGGUUCUUCACCACCUUCAGUGUGUCAGGCAUGAAAGACAAGGUGCGCUACCUGGACAACCUCCAACAGCUCUUCACCUGCAUCAGACCGGAGCAAAUCGACAUCCCCCCCUUCGUUCUGGAGUACGAUUCCCGGGUGAACGGACCCUAUCGUGCCUCCCAGUCCUCCGGUCUGUGAACCAGAGCCUGUGUGGACCACUGCACCUAAUUUCACACCAAAAAACACCUGAGCUUUUUUUGCCAAAAGGACAAACUGAUCACCGACGGCGAGAAGCGAGCGAGUCCUGAACCAUCUCAGCACUGCUCAGCGGCUCGUUCACAAAUCAGCACAAAAACCGAUGAGACCAAACAUCACGUUCCUAUGUUUCCGUCUUGUCAAGUCUGAUCCGUCCCAUAUGCCGGAGGAUUUGGGAUGAAGCCAUCUGCCUUACAUCAGCUCAGCUCCAACAGCAGCGUUUCCACUUGACUUCCAAAAAGCUCCGGUGCUGUGACGAAUCAAAAGCCUCUCUUGAUUGUUCCGUUUAAGCUAGUGAAUGAGCUGAUCAGUGGACUUCACCUUCACCUGUCCAUUUUUCGUUUUAACACUUGGACUUUCCACUCUGUCACAAACUGAGCCAAGACCUCAGCCGGUCAAAGCCUGUGGCUCCUGUCAAAAGAAAGUGCUCACGUUCUGACACCAAGAGGACACACAUCACUCUUUCACACUCAUUCUGGUUUUAAUCCUGAGAAACUGCACUUUCUGAGGAAGACAUGUGCUACUUUGAGCAUAGGUCAGGUGAUUUCUUCACAGUUUGAGGGGGGGUAUUUUCUUUACUGAAACAUUCCAGGCACGUCAGCGAAGCUUCACACUCACUGGUUAAGAUUCAACGUCAUGUGAUGACUCAAUCGAUGCUACAGGAAACAUGAGCCAGAACCGUUUCCUUCUGUUUGUUUUGUCUCACUAUGAUUCACUCUCAGAAUGUUUUUUUUAAUAUCUAUAUGUCAUUUGUACAGCCGUGCAUGAUGGUAAAGGAAGUGUACACGUCGAUGAAAGUACUGGGGUUUUGUCCUUUUUUUUAUUUCUACAAUGAUUAAAAUCAUUCUCUACACUUCUG